AUGCCUCACUUCGAAGAGCCAGCCCCUGCCUACCCCUCGUCGCCCAUCGCGGACGACUACCAAAGGCCCGAUAUGCGCAAGUCAUUCUUCGGCUCCGUCAAGGAUAAGCUAUCCCGCAAGUCAACUCCGUCGUCACAGAAAUCCAAGCAUAUCGCAGAGUCCAAUAUGCCUUUCAGCAACAACCCCUUUGCUCACCAUCCAGUCGUCAAGCAAGCCAACCUCCCCAAUCAGCCUCCUCCCGCCUACACUGUGACAGCGCCUCCUCAGUCAGGCGCCGACUACCUGACGGCUCUGGAUGGCCCUGUUAGAAGCCCGUCACCCGCCCCAUCAAACGCCGACUCCAUCAUGUCGGCCGCCGGCAUGAGGGUCUCAACGCCUGAGGACCCCUAUGCCUUUCUAUCCUCCUUCGAUACCAUUUUCAUUGUCGAUGAUUCGGGUUCGAUGGCCGGCCGCUCGUGGCCCGAGGUCCAAAACGUUCUCCGCGCCAUUACACCCAUCUGUACGUCUCAUGACGACGACGGUGUCGACCUGUACUUUCUCAACAACAAGACGACGGACAGCGGCAAUGCCAGGGCAGGCAAAGCUGCCGGCGGCUACUAUGGCAUCCGGCGUACUGAGACGGUCCACGAAAUCUUCACCACAGUCCGUCCCCGCGGCGCCACACCCACCGGUCAGCGCCUCCAUGCUAUCCUCCGGUCUUACUUGCAGCUCCUCGAAAGUAAGAAGCACGAUCUCGAGAGCGUCAAGCCGAUCAACAUUAUUGUCAUCACCGACGGCGCGCCCUCGGACGAUGUCGAGUCUACUAUCAUCUCGGCGGCCAAGAAGCUCGAUAAGCUCGACGCCCCCAUGCACCAGGUCGGCGUGCAGUUCUUCCAAGUCGGCAACGAGCCCGGCGCCCGUGAGGCGCUCCGGGAGCUCGACGACGAUCUCGUCGGUAGGAUUGACGGUGAUCUCCGCGACAUGGUCGACACCGUCACCUGGGAGAACGGCAACCGGGGCGUGCUCACGGCGGACAGCAUCCUCAAGGUCGUCCUCGGCGCAGUGGUCAGACGUCUCGACCGUCGUCGUACUAGUGGCGAGGGUCGUCGCUAA